GGUCAGAGACUGCAGACCUACCACAGGAGACAGUCAGAGACUGCAGACUUACUACAGGAGACGGUCAGAGACUGCAGACCUAUUACAGGAGAUGGUCAGAGACUGCAGACCUACUACAGGAGAAGGUCAGAGACUGCAGACCUACUACAGGAGAAGGUCAGAGACUGCAAACAUACUACAGGAGACGGUCAGAGACUGCAGACAUACUGCAGGAGAUAGUCAGAGACUGCAGACCUAUUACAGGAGACGGUCAGAGACUGCAGACAUACUGCAGGAGAUAGUUAGAGACUGCAGACCUAUUACAGGAGACGGUCAGUGGCUGCAA